UUGGAGCUGUUGUGGUUCCGGGGCAGACGCAGCGAGGAGCCGGCGAUGGAGGGAGACGCUGAGAUGCGAGGGGGACCCGACCCGGAGAUGGCGGCCACCAUGGGCUUCUCUGGUUUCGGGAAGAAAGCUCGGACUUUCGAUCUCGAAGCCAUGUUUGAACAAACAAGAAGAACUGCGGUGGAGAGGAGCAGGAAGGUCCUGGAGGCUCGUGAAAGAGAGAAGGAAGAACAGGCUGAAAAAGAUCUUAGAAGUUCAUGCAUCAGUUCAUCAACUUCAGCAUCCGAUGCAAAAGGCACUGGAACCACAUCAACCCAAAGAGGGAAAGUCUGGAAUGAAAGUGAAAAUAGUUCAGAUGAAGAAUUAACUGAGCCUUCCAAGCAAUCCCGGACCUCUGCUCAAGGCCCAGUGGAGGAUACUGAUGAUGAAGAUGAUGACUUUAUUGGACCGCCACUUCCGCCUGGGUUCAAGGAUAGCGAUGAUGAUGACGAUGAUACGGAGGAGGAAGAUAACAACCCUGUCAAGAAGAUUCCAGAUUCUCAUGAAAUUACACUACAACAUGGGACAAAAGCAGUUUCUGCUUUGGGGUUGGAUCCUUCAGGUGCCCGUUUGAUAACUGGUGGAUAUGACUACGAUGUUAAAUUUUGGGAUUUUGCUGGAAUGGAUGCUUCUCUGCAAGCUUUUCGAUCACUCCAGCCAUGUGAAUGUCAUCAAAUCAGAUCUUUACAGUAUAGCAGCACAGGAGAUGUCAUUCUCGUUGUCUCUGGUAACUCUCAGGCAAAAGUUCUUGACAGAGAUGGCUUCCCAGUAAUGGAAUGCAUAAAAGGGGACCAGUACAUUGUGGAUAUGACAAACACAAAGGGUCACACAGCAAUGCUCAAUUCAGGGUGUUGGCAUCCAAAGAUAAAGGAAGAAUUUUUAACAUGUUCUAAUGAUGGAACUGUGAGGACAUGGGAUAUUAACAAUGAAAAAAAGCACAAAACUGUAUUUAAACCACGAUCAAGUCAAGGUAAACGGGUGAUUCCUACAAGUUGCACAUACAGCAGAGACGGCAAACUUAUCGCAGCUGGCUGUCAAGAUGGCUCCAUCCAGAUCUGGGAUAGGAAUAUGACUGUACACACGAAAUUCCACUGCAGGCAAGCUCAUGCUUCAGGCACUGACACUUCAUGCUUGACAUUUUCCUAUGAUGGUAUUGUCCUUGCCAGCCGGGGAGGAGAUAAUACUUUAAAGUUAUGGGAUAUUAGACAGUUUAAAAAGCCACUGAAUUCAGCAGAAAGACUACCCACCUUCUUUCCAAUGACAGAUUGUUGUUUCAGCCCAGAUGAUAAAAUACUUGUCACAGGCACCUCUGUUAAGAGAGGUGGUGGCAGUGGGAAGCUUUGCUUCUUUUACCGGGAAACAUUGCAGAAGUUCUACGAGAUAGAAGUUACAGAUGCGAGUGUUGUGCGUAGCCUUUGGCAUCCUAAGCUGAACCAGAUCAUGGUUGGUACAGGAAAUGGUUUGGCCAAAGUCUACUAUGAUCCUGUCAAAAGCCAGAGGGGAGCAAAAUUAUGUGUGGUCAAAACAAAACGAAAAGAGAGACCCGCAGAGACUCUUACACAGGAUUACAUUAUAACACCCCAUGCACUUCCGAUGUUCCGUGAACCACGACAGCGAAGCACCAGGAAGCAGCUGGAGAAGGAUAGGCUGGACCCUGUGAAGUCUCACAAACCUGAACCUCCAGUAGCAGGACCAGGUCGUGGUGGGCGUGUUGGAACUCAUGGAGGUACCUUGUCAUCGUAUAUAGUCAAGAAUAUUGCACUGGAUAAGACAGAUGAUAGCAACCCUCGAGAGGCUAUUUUACGUCACGCAAAGGAAGCGGAGGAGAAUCCAUACUGGAUUUCUCCGGCAUAUGCUAAAACACAACCAAAAGCAGUUUUUGCAGAAGUGGAACCAGAAGAUGAUGAAACAGACAAGCCAGAGUGGAAAAAACGUAAAAUUUGAAAGAUUUCACCUAAAGAAGACUUGUAGCAAAGUGCGGCAUUUACUUCUUUAUUGUGUGUAGUGGGUCAAAAUAUAAAAGGAAAUAAUACUUCAUAAAACUUGUUGUAGUGUAAAAAAAAAAAUUGUUGUGUUACACUGGAUUGUAAUCCCAUAUUUGAAUUUUGUAAUAAGGAAUUAAUUACAUUGUGCAAAGAACUCCUCUUUAUGUCAGUUAUAUAGCUUUAUAAUUUAGGUGAAAAACAUUUCUUUAAAAAUAAAACUCUAGUGAAUUCAGUAUGUUACCAAAUGUUUUCUUAAUUACUGCCAACUUUACAAAUGCUGUAUCAUGACAGUGUUCAAUGACUUAACUUAUGCAAACAAAAUAA